AUGGAGCCAGAGAAUGAUACAAGAAUUUCCGAAUUUCUUCUUCUGGGACUUUCAGAGGAACCAGAAUUGCAGCCUCUCUUAUUUGGGCUUUUCCUCUCCAUGUACCUGAUCACUGUGAUUGGAAACCUGCUCAUCAUCCUGGCCACCAUCUCAGACUCCCACCUGCACACCCCCAUGUACUUCUUCCUCUCCAACCUGUCCUUUGCUGACAUCUGUUUCACCUCCACCACCGUCCCAAAGAUGCUGGUGAACAUCCAGACACAGAGCCAGGUCAUCACCUAUGCAGGCUGCAUCACCCAGAUGUUCUUUUUCAUGCUCUUUGCAUCAUUAGAUGACUUUCUACUGACCGUGAUGGCCUAUGACCGGUUCAUAGCUAUUUGUCACCCCCUGCACUACACCAUCAUCAUGAACCCUUGGCUCUGUGUGUUGCUAGCUCUGUUGUCCUGGAUUAUGAGUGUCCUGAUUUCAUUGAUACAUAGCUUAAUGGCAUUGCGGCUGUCCUUCUGUACACCACUGGAAAUCCCCCACUUUUUCUGUGAACUUAAUCAGGUUAUUCAUCUCGCCUGCUCUGACACCUUUCUUAAUGACAUGGUGAUCUAUUCUGCAUCUGUGUUGCUGGCUGGUGGUCCCCUCGCUGGGAUCCUUUACUCUUACUAUAAGAUAGUUUCCUCCAUCCAUGCAAUCUCAUCAGCUCAGGGGAAGUACAAAGCAUUUUCCACCUGUGCCUCUCACCUCUCAGUUGUCUCUUUAUUUUAUUUUACAAUGAUGAGUGUGUACCUUAGUUCUGCUACUACCCAGACCUCACACUCAAGUGCAACAGCCUCAGUGAUGUACACUGUGGUCACGCCCAUGCUGAACCCCUUCAUCUACAGCUUGAGGAAUGAAGACAUAAAGAGAGCUCUGAGAUGUUUCUUUUGGAGGGAAACUAUCAAUGUAUAA